AUGGAGGACGCUGCCACUCGGCUGGAGAGGGAGCAUGUGCACAGCGUCUACGAGAAGAUUGCUCCCUAUUUUAACGACAGCCGCUACAAGGCCUGGCCCAAGGUGUGCCAGUUCCUACUGGAGCAUGAACCUGGCAGUAUCAUCGCUGACGUGGGCUGUGGCAAUGGCAAGUACCUGCACGUCAACGGCAGUGUGUUCAAGCUGGGCUGUGACGUGUGUCUCCCCCUUGUGGACUCAGCCCGUAGCCAGGGCCACGAGGUGCAGCUGUGUGACUGCCUCAGGCUGCCCUACAGGGACAGCUGCUUUGACGGCGUCCUUUCCAUUGCAGUCAUCCAUGAUCUGUCCACCAAAGAGCGUCGUAUUCGAGCAAUAAAAGAAAUGGCAAGGACCCUGCGUGUGGACGGGCGCAUCAUGAUCUACGUGUGGGCCAUGGAGCAGACAUGGCGGAAGUUUCAGAAGCAGGACAUCUUCGUGCCCUGGAACCCCAACCCCCCAUCCCCCACCCUGGGCAGGGAGUGGUCAACACCCCGGUGGAGGGGCGCAGCACAGAGUGUGAGCGGUAGGUAGCUAUUUACGGGUAAGGGAGUUGAGCACAGGAAGGUGAAAAGCACAUCGUUCAUGCUGGAUGAAGAGAUGGCCUGCAGUCCCCAGCAGAGCCAGAGGCUGUGGUUCUUCUCGCGCUCCCUGGACUCAGUCUUUGACUUUGGCAGCCUGACCAUCUCCAGGGCCAACGACAACCACUCCCCCUCCACAGAGAAGACCAGUGUCUCUACCGCCUUGGUCCAGGAGUGUGGCUCGAUGGCCCUGCCUGAUUUGGUCACCUCCUACCAGAUGGAGCACACAGAGGGACCAGGGCAGCCAGGGGAGAGGGAAGCAGGCCCACCAGGAGACCUCAAACAGGACAGCAGUCAGAGCCCCCAGGACAGUGAAGGGGAGCCGGAGGCCGCCUCGUGUCUGCGCUAUUACCACGUGUUCCAGGAGGGCAAGCUGGCGGAGCUGAUCAAGAGCCACGUCGAAGAGCUCCACGUCCUUUACUCCUGCUUCGACCACGCCAACUGGUGCGUGGUGGCCGAGAAGGUCCAGGUUUGGAAGAUAUGA